AACAAGAGCAUGAAUCCAACAAGAAUGACAGCCAAUCACAAUGCACACAUUCUAUAAGGUUUGCUAUUUGUGAGUAAAUUUUUAUGACAGAAAGACGUUGAGGUCCAAGUUCAUGUAUCAUUGCCAUUGCCAUUGCCAUUGCCAUUGCCAAUGAAUGUCAAAGGAGCUUGGAAAACACUUUGAAUCACGAAAUGUCAAAGCCAAGAGGAAGAAGAAAGCAGAAACUGAAAUGGAGCAAAUUGUACACAUUCUCAUGCUUGAGGCCAAGCACCGAUGAUCAACAGCCUAGUGAUCAGCGACUCGGGCAGCCGGGAUUCUCCCGAGUGGUGUUCUGCAACGAGCCUCGCCUUCACAAGAGGAAGCCUCAUAAGUAUCCAAACAAUUAUGUCUCCACAACUAAGUACAACCUUAUUACCUUUCUGCCGAUAGCCCUUUUCGAGCAAUUCCGCAGAGUUGCCAAUUUGUACUUCCUGCUGGCAGCUGUUCUGUCCUUUACAUCGUUGGCUCCUUUCAAUAAAGUUAGUGUAAUAGCUCCUCUCUUGUUUGUUAUUGGGAUUAGCAUGAUCAAAGAGGCAAUUGAAGAUUGGCACAGGUUCUUACAGGACAACAAAGUCAACUCGAGGAAGGUGAUGGUUCAUGUGGGAAAUGGAUUGUUUGUACUGAAAUCCUGGGAGUCUCUUUUGGUGGGAGAUGUUGUCAGAGUCACUAAAAAUAGCUACUUUCCCAGUGAUCUUCUUCUGCUAUCUUCAAGCUAUGAAGAUGGCCUUUGCUAUGUUGAAACGAUGAAUCUUGACGGGGAGACGAAUCUGAAAGCCAAAAGAAGCUUAGAAGCUACACUCUCUCUGGAUGAUGAUUUGAAGUUUUCCAAAUUUAAAGCCACGGUUCGUUGUGAGGAUCCCAAUCCAAGCCUAUACACAUUUAUUGGAAAUCUGGACAUAGAUGAAGAAGAAUCUUAUUCUUUAAGCCCUACACAAGUUCUGCUAAGAGACUCCAAACUUAGAAACACAGAGUAUGUCUAUGGUGUUGUGAUCUUCAGUGGACCAGAUACUAAAGCAGUUCGGAAUUCCACUAGAUCUCCAUCCAAACGCAGCAGGGUGGAAAGGAAGAUGGACCGUGUGAUCUACCUUCUCUUCGCGAUGAUGGUUCUGAUUUCCUUAAUCUCUGCUAUUGGCUCUGCCAUGUUUACACAGUCCGAUAAUUUCAAGAGAUGGUACCUCCGUUUGCAUGAUGAUGUCGACACAUUGUUCAGCCCUGAAGAUCCUGUGUUCUCCUGCAUAUUGCAAUUCAUAAGAGCUCUUGUGAUGUAUGGCUACUUGAUUCCAAUAUCCCUCUAUGUCUCCAUUGAAGUUGUCAAAGUCCUGCAAGCUAUGCUGAUCAACAAGGAUUGUGCUUUGCUUGAUGAGACGACAGGCAAGGCUGUGGAAGCCAGGACUUCAAAUUUGAACGAGGAGCUGGGGCAGGUGGACAUGAUUUUGUCUGAUAAAACAGGAACCUUGACGUGCAACCAGAUGGAGUUCAGAAAGUGUUCCAUUGAAGGGAUUUCUUAUGGAGGUGAAGUGACUGAAGUUGAUCUUGCAGCUUCUCGAAGGAUGAAUAUUGACGUGGAGAGACAUCGUUUCAGCCUGGAAGGAUCGGACUCCACAGGACGGAGCAUCGAGAUGUUUGAUCUUUCCACAGCUGCUGAUUGCGGCGCAGAGAAGGACAUUCUUGAGCUUCAUCAUGGAAAUGAAAAUGAAAAUGGAAAAGGCAGGAUUUCACAUUCCAGGAAGGCGGAUAAGAUCAAAGGCUUCAAUUUCAGAGAUGAUCGCCUCAUGGACCGAAUGUGGAUAUAUAAGUCCAAUGUAUCUGACAUGAUCAUGUUCUUUAGAGUCAUGGCUCUGUGCCACACUGGAAUUCCUGUCGAAGAAAACACUUGCGAGAGGACAACGUACGAGGCCGAGUCCCCGGAAGAAGUUGCAUUUCUGAUUGCAGCACAGGAGUUUGGAUUCAAGUUUUGCCAGAGAACUCAGUCUGCUGUUGUAGUCCAAGAGCUCGACCCCUCUUCAGGAAUGGAGGUGAAGAGAGAAUACAAGCUUUUGAAUCUACUGGAAUUCAAUAGCUCCAGAAAGAGAAUGUCAGUUAUAGUAAGCAACAGUGAAGGGGAGAUCUUCCUUUUCUGCAAAGGAGCUGAUGAUGUUAUUUUUGAUAGGCUAGCAGAUAAUGGUAGAACAUAUCAGCAGGCGACAGAGACGCACCUUUCAAUGUAUGCCGAAGAUGGAUUGCGUACGAUGGUGUUUGCAUAUAAGCAAGUUGGGUUGCAAGAAUAUGAAAACUGGAGUGGCGCAUUCGAACAAGCAAAGGCCACUGUAGGCCAUGAAAGAGAAGAGCUUCUGGAGAGUGCCUCUGAAAUGAUCGAGAAUGAUUUGCAGUUAUUAGGAGCUGUUGCCAUUGAAGAUAAGUUGCAGAAAGGGGUUCCAGAAUCCAUAGAUAAACUUGCACAAGCAGGGAUCAAGAUCUGGCUGCUCACCGGCGACAAAAGGGAAACAGCAGUUAAUAUAGGCUUUGCUUGCAGCUUAUUACGGCACGACAUGAGGCAGCUCCAUUUGUGCUUGGGUAAAGACAUCUCCAACAAACUGCAUGUGAUGAAGGAUGCCAAAGGAGAAAUUCAAUACCAGUUAAAAGGCUACAAUGAGCUGAUCACUGAAGCGGACCGAGAGGAAGCCCCUUUCGCAAUGGUGGUGGACGGGAAAGCUCUUGAAAUAUGUUUAAGCAACGACGUGAAAAAGCAGUUCCUGUCCGUGGCCAUGAACUGCGACGUUGUCAUAUGCUGCCGUGUGUCUCCCAAACAAAAAGCUCUGAUUACGCGCACGGUUAAAGCUCAUUCGGGGAAGACAAUCUUGGCUGUCGGCGAUGGAGCCAAUGAUGUCGGGAUGAUUCAGGAAGCCGACAUAGGAGUGGGAAUCAGUGGCAUGGAAGGGAUGCAGGCAGUAAUGGCGAGCGAUUUUUCGCUGCCUGAAUUUCGGUUCUUGGAGAGACUGCUAAUCGUUCACGGGCAUUGGUGUUACAAGAGGAUUUCCAAGAUGAUUGUCUAUUUUGUGUACAAGAACAUCGCCUUCGGGCUCACCCUAUUUUACUACAACACGGUGGCUGGCUUCUCCGGUCAGGACUUUUACGACGACUGGUACAUGGUCAUGUUCAACGUUCUGCUCACCUCUUUGCCCGUCAUAGCCCUCGGCGUCCUCGAACAGGAUGUUUCCUCCGAUGUUUGUCUCAAGUUUCCGGCACUGUAUCAAGAAGGGCAGCGAGACGAGUGCUUCAGCUGGGCACGCAUCAUCGGGUGGAUCCUCAACGGCGUCGUGGCUUCCCUGGCGACAUUCACACUCAACAUCUACGCCGUCUCCGCCGACAAACAUGGCAGGACGGCGGACAUGGAGCGUGUCGGGACGACGACGUACACGUCCAUAAUCUGGACGGUCAACUGCCAGAUUGCCCUAAUGAUCUCCCACUUCACGUGGAUCAGCCAUCUCCUCAUCUGGGGGAGCAUUCUCUGCUGGUACAUCUUCCUCUACUGCUACACCAUGCUCCCGCCGCCCCUGUCCGGCGACGUCUUCCAUGUCUUCACCGGACAGGUCGGACCGGCGCCGGCGUACUGGAUUACGACACUGCUCGCGGUGAUUGCUUCGCUUCUACCCUACUUCACCCUCAUCGCCAUCCAGCGGGAGUUCUUCCCCAUGGAUGACGACAUAAUCCAGGAGAUGAAGUUGUCAGGGACAGACAGUACCGCCACGUGGCUUCGGGAACAGGAGAAGUCGAAGCAGCUGACUCAGGUCGGCUACUCCGCAAGAGUUGAUGCCAAAAUCAGACAUCUCAGAGACCAGCUGCACAGGAAGAGGAAAUCCUUCUCCAUCUCUGUAAGAAACAGUCCUAUUUACAAAUCGGUGAUUCGAAGAGAGCAGCUACCUUAACUCACUUGUUCACACAUACAUAAUUGAAUAAUUAGUUGAUCCAUUGAUUGAUAAUACAAAUCCCCUUUGUUUUUUUGGUAGGAACAUAGUAGGUAAGAGAUACACAUAGACAUGUAAUAGCCAUUCUUUGUUUAGUGAUCGGAUUGGUGUUCUGUUUUUCUUACAGGAUGAGAUUAUUGAUUAAAUGGUAAUUUGAAUUUUUAAUAA